ACAGUAAUAAUCUUCACCUUACAGUCUCUGGCUUUUAAUUUCUCCUCCGUUCUUAAUUUUGUUAGGCUUUUGGGAACACACUCAAAAUCUAUCUGGAUUUGGUGCUUAUGUUGCUAGAGGUGUUUGUAUCCUGAAUUGUGACUCAUUUGGUGAUCUGGUUUCAAAUUUUGAAUCUUUAUUAUGUUUUAAUUAUUUUGUGGUUCUGGGGUGUCUUGAAUUAUUAUUGUUAAGCUUUAUGUCACUGAGCUUGUUAAUUCACCUUAACUAAUUGCUCCAAAUAUUGAGUCUUUUCUUCAGCUUAAAAAAUGGGGGUGUUUUGUUUUUGACAAAGUUGCUAAGGUGACUGUAAAUUUUCAUGAAAAAGCAGAAAAAUUAAAAGCUGAAGAUGGGAAGUGGAAGUCUUGCACCUAAGGCAGAGAAGACAAAAUUAAGAAAGAACAAGACAGUUGUUGAUGAGAAUGCUCCCUUGAUACCAAAGACUCAGGACACUGAUGCUGAAGGGUUUAAUGAUUUCAAUGGAGCUUCAUUUUCUGGAGCUGUUUUCAACUUAUCCACUACAAUUAUUGGUGCUGGGAUCAUGGGGUUGCCAGCAUGUGUGCAAAAGUUGGGGAUGGUACCUGGUCUUCUUUCAAUAAUCUUAACAGCUUUGUUGACAGAGAAGUCAAUUGAGUUUAUGAUUAAGAUUUCAAGGGCAGGGAGUCUUUGUUCUUAUGGAAGUCUCAUGGGUGAUGCUUUUGGGAAAUAUGGAAAAGCUUUGGUGCAGAUAUGUGUUAUAGUCAAUAACAUUGGUGUUUUGAUUAUUUACAUGAUUAUUAUUGGUGAUGUGAUUUCUGGUACAUCUUCUGGUGGAACUCACCAUUCUGGUAUCCUUGAAGGAUGGUUAGGAGUUCACUGGUGGACUGGGCGUACGUUUGUUCUUUUGUUUACUACACUUGCUGUGUUUGCACCUUUGGUCAGCUUUAAGAGAAUCGAUUCAUUGAAAUUCACAUCUGCAUUAUCAGUUGGACUAGCAGUUGUUUUUCUCGUCAUUGCUGUGGGAAUAUCAAUCUUCAAGAUUAUAAUUGGAGGCAUUGGGAUGCCCAGACUCUUCCCAAUCAUUACUGAUCUAUCAUCAGUUUUUGAACUGUUCACUGUAGUUCCUGUGCUAGUGAAUGCCUAUAUCUGCCACUACAAUGUUCACAGCAUAGAUAAUGAACUUGAGGACUCUUCACAGAUGCAUGGGGUUGUAAGAACUUCCCUUGCUCUAUGUGCUUCAGUGUACUUAUUAACAAGCUUCUUUGGGUACCUUCUAUUUGGUGAAGGAACUCUUGAUGAUGUUCUUGCCAAUUUUGAUGCUGAUCUUGGAAUUCCUUUUGGUUCUGUGCUCAAUGAUGCCGUUCGAUUUAGCUAUGCUGCACAUAUUGUGCUUGUAUUUCCUGUAGUCUUCUAUGCAGUGAGGAUCAACCUUGAUGGUCUCAUAUUUUCAUCAUCUAGGCCUUUGGUUCUAGAUAAAUUCAGAUUUUCAUCUAUUACUAUUUCCCUUAUUGGUGUUAUCUUCCUUGGAGCUAAUUUCAUACCCAGCAUUUGGGAUAUUUUCCAGUUCACUGGAGCAACAGCUGCUGCUUGUGUAGGAUUCAUAUUUCCGGCUGCCAUCACUCUUAGGGAUAGACACAACAUAGCAACUAAAACCGACAAGAUUCUAUCUGUCUUUAUGUUAGUCCUGGCAGUCUUGUCAAAUGCAGUGGCUAUAUACAGUGAUGCCAAUGCCUUGAUCAAGAAGAAUAAGACAUAACAUGAAUUUUCUUUCAAAGCCCACGAUACAUGUAUGUUCAUACUUUGAGAUGAAAGGAAGAGUAUUGGUAGGGUUAUAGGCCAACUAAAAAAUCAGGGUAUUAUGAUUCUAGAAUAAACUUUACCCUAUGUAGAAAUAUUAUUUAAAAGCGUGUAAAGGCCUGCAAUAUGUUCACCCUUCUUUGUAAUGUGAUUUUUGCUGUUGUAAUUGUAGAGGUUCUUGUUGAUGUGCCUCUAUCUAUUUCAUAGGCUUCAUCUCCCAAAACUAAUAGCAAGUCAUAUCUGGACCUUAUAUGUGAGCAUUUG